AUGAAGGCCACAACGCUUUACCACCUGGCGACUUUGAUCACGCUCUCGAAGCAGAUUGCAGGAUACGGUAUUACUGGUCUAUCCGGAGGAGUCAACACUGCUACUGGAGAACGACCGGUGCGUCGUGACUUGAGGGAUUUACAAUCCUCUGGUGCGGCAUUCGAUCUUUAUGUUCAGGCGCUCGCUCAAUUCCAGGCUGAUGAUCAGAGUGAUUUGGUUUCGUAUUAUGAGGUCGCAGGAAUCCACGGAUAUCCCUACCGAUCCUGGGACAGUGUAAACGGUCGGUACCUGACAGGCUACUGCUCUCACGGCUCCCCCAUCUUCCCAACCUGGCAUCGACCCUAUCUUGCACUUUUCGAGCAGAGGAUAUGGCAAUACGCGCAAUCCAUUGCAGCCACAUACCCAGCAAGCCAGCGGCAAGCAUACAUGGAAGCAGCCGUUUCAUUGAGGGUGCCUUAUUGGGAUUGGGCUGUGAAUCCUAAUAUGCCGGAGUGUCUUACAUAUCAGUCUAUUAUGAUUAAUACGUCGACUGGACAGGAGACGAUAGAUAAUCCUUUGUAUUCAUAUAAGUUCCAUCCGUUGCCGUUGGGGACUGAUAUUCCGACUGAUGAUCCCCUUGCAAAGUAUCAGGAAACGGUUCGAUCACCGGAUCCAAAUACUGGUGAGAGUCGAAUGGAUAAUGUCAAUUCGGGAAUGUCAUCGAACGCGGCGUGGUUGAGAUCAAGUACAUAUCAACUCCUCUCAUCCGAAACUAACUAUACAGUCUUCUCCAACUCCGUGCUCCAGGACAGAGGAAACAAUUAUAAUAACCUCGAGAGUAUCCACGAUGGCGUGCACGCCUUGGUCGGUGAUGGUGGCCACAUGACAUAUUUCAGUAUGGCGGCUUUUGAUCCUAUUUUCUGGGUUCACCACUGCUCAAUCGACCGUAUCUUCGCACUCUGGGAAGUCCUCAACCCCAACUCGUACGUCCAGCCCAUGGCCGAUACAUACGGUACCUUCGUCAUCGAAGCCGGCACCAUCGAAGAUAUCAAUACACCUUUAUAUCCAUUCCACCGCUCAAACAACUCGAACGACUUUUGGACGUCAGCUACCAGUCGCUCAACCCGGACCUUUGGCUAUACAUACCCCGAAAUUCAGGACUGGGCCGUUAAUCAGGCUACGCUUCAGAAUAAUGUUCGUACAGCGAUCAACAAUCUAUACAAUACACCGACACGGUCGAAUCUUGAAGAUGCUAAGAAGAAGAGAAAUAUUCUCGAUGAUUUACAAAAGGCGCCGCAGGAGUUGGCCAGUAUGGCGACGAAUAAGAUAACCGGUCAAAUGACGAAGACACAAUUUGAUCGUCUUGGAGUGAACAAUAUGGUCAAGAAUUGGGCUAUUAAUGUUGCAGUUGAUAAACACGCACUUGACGGGAAACCAUUCCAAAUCCAUUUCUUCUAUGGCGAGCCUGAUAGUCAGCUCAGCCCCGACGAAUAUUUCAAAGCGCCGAAUUUGAUCGGCACAUAUCGUACAUUCACGGGUCCAAUGUCUUCUUUAUCACACGGCACUCAACACCGUCGCUCUCCCCUGGAGGGUGGUGCUCCAAGACUAUCAACAGGACAGAUCUCUCUUUCCCCCGUAUUAGCAAAUGCUGCCUACAGUGGAAUCCUACCAGACACUUCUCUUUCCCCACAAAACGUGGUUCCAAAACUAUGCGACAAUCUUCAAUGGCGCGUAAUCGAUUACUCGGGGCAGAAUGAAGUUCCCGUGCAAGAUCUAGCAGAUAAAGGCCAGUUGAGAGUUAGCGUUGUUUCGAGGGAUGUUGAGCCUAUUUUGCCGGGCGAGGAGCACUUGUUUCCUGGUUAUGGGGACUGGGUUGAGUGGAAGGAUGUAACCAAGGGUAAAGUAGGGGGUGUAUGA